CCAUUUUUCAAUUGCAUCCACCAUUUUUUAAUCGAUGGCAGACUCACCUUACAGAUCACCGUCAAUCACGGGCGCUGCUGUAGCCGGCCGCCAACCUAAAUUCUCCGGCAUUAAUAAAAGAAUCCUCAACGGCCUCGUCAAAGACAAAAACCUCCGCCAACUCUCACAACUCAACGGAGCUCGCGGCAUCGCCGCAUCCCUCGAAACACACCCCCUCAUCGGAAUCACCGGCGACGAAGAAGACCUCGCCGCCAGAAAACAAGCCUUCGGCACAAACACAUAUCCAUCUCCUCCCACAAAGACCUUCCUCCAUUUCAUACUCAAAGCUUUCAAGGACCGGAAUAUCCUGUUCCCACUAGCAGCCGCCGUUCUCUCUCUAGCCUUCGGCAUCAAAGAGCACAGCGGCAUCGCACUCAUCGCCGUCUUCCUCGACAUCACCCUCUCUGCUUUCAGAAACUUUACACAGUGCAGACUCAACGAGCUCCACAAACUAAGCAGAAGUAAAUCAGUAGAAGUCGUUAGAAGCGGAAGAAGACAAAAGAUCUCAAUAUACGACGUCGUUGUAGGCGACGUCGUAUACUUGUCCAUCGGAGAUCAAGUCCCUGCAGACGGCCUUUUCAUAGAAGGCUACUCUCUGAAGGUGGAUGAGUCCAGCAUGACUGGUGAGAGCGACCCAGUGGAUGUCAAUUUCGGUGUCAAUCCUUUCUUGUUCUAUGGAACAAAGGUGGCUGAUGGAUUUGGGAAAAUGGUGGUGACUAGUGUUGGGAUAGACACUCUGUGGGGGGAGACGAUGAGUUCGAUAAGUGAAGAUAAUACGGAUGGGGAGACGCCGCUGCAGAUCCACCUCAAUAAGAUCGCUACCUUCAAAGAAAAGCUCGGUUCAGCUGUGUCUAUUCUGGUUCAUGUCGUGUUUCUGAUUCGAUACUUCACCGGGAAUACCAAAGAUAAGAAUGGGGAGAGGGAGUUUAAUGGUACAGGGACUAAACCAGAUUAUGUGAUCAACUUUGUUGCAGGUAUUAUUUCAGCAGUUGUGGCCACAGUUGUGGUUGCUAUACUUGAGGGUUUGCCUCUUGCUGUCACUCUCACUCUUGCCAAUUGUAUGAAAAGGAUGAUGGCUGAUGGGGCUAUGGUGAGGAAGCUCUCCGCUUGCGAGACCAUGGCUUCUGCUACCACCAUCUGCACAGAUAAGACAGUUACUCUAACUAUGAACAAGAUGAAGGUGACAAAGUAUUGGUUAGGGAACGACUCAUUCGAAGGUAGUCUUAGUCUGGGGAGCUGUGUUGUUGAGCUGCUCCGUGAGGGCGUCAGCCUCAACACGACGGGUGGUGUGUACAGGUCGGGAGAAACGCUUGAGUUCUCUGGUAGCCCGACUGAGAAGGCAAUCCUGUCUUGGGCUGUUACAGAGCUGGGGAUGGAAAUGGAGGAAGUGAUGAGGGGAUGUGAGAUUCUUGAAGUGGAGGCAUUCAAUUCGGAGAAGAAGAGGAGUGGUGUUUUGAUGAAGAGAGAUCAUGAAUUUCAUGUGCAUUGGAAAGGAGCGGCUGAGAUUAUCCUUGCAAUGUGCUCACACUACUAUGAUUUGGAUGGUAACAUAAAAGAUUUGAAUGAUGAGGAGAGAUUGCAAUUCAAUCAUAUUAUUCAAGGCAUGGCUGCUUCUAGCCUUAGAUGCAUUGCAUUUGCACAUAAACAGAGUGAUGAGGUGAAUCUUGAAACUGAGAAGAAAAUUCAAGAAGAUGGUAUGAUUCUACUAGGCUUAGUAGGGAUAAAAGAUCCAGUCCAGCCUGGUGCGAAAAAGGCUGUUGAGGAUUGCCAGUAUGCCGGUGUGGAUGUGAAGAUGAUCACCGGUGACAACAUGUUCACGGCCAAAGCCAUAGCCACAGAGUGUGGAAUACUACAUGUAGGCCAAGACCAAGACGGGUGUGUAGUCGAAGGAGCUGAGUUCCGUAACUACACAGACGAGGAGCGGAUGGAGAGGGUCGAGGGCAUCCGCGUGAUGGCAAGAUCAUCCCCAAUAGACAAGCUCUUCAUGGUUCAGUGCUUGAAGAGGAAAGGCCAUGUGGUGGCAGUCACAGGAGAUGGAACGAACGAUGCACCGGCCUUACACGAGGCCGACAUAGGCCUAGCCAUGGGAAUCCAAGGCACAGAGUUGGCGAAGGAGAGCUCUGAUAUAGUGAUCAUGGAUGACAACUUUGCAUCAGUGGUGACAGUGUUGAAAUGGGGAAGGUGUGUUUACAACAACAUACAAAAGUUCAUUCAGUUUCAGCUGACCGCAAAUAUUGCGGCGCUGACCAUCGACACCGUGGCGGCGGUCUCGUGUGGGUGGGUGCCACUGACGGCAGUGCACCUGUUGUGGGUGAAUCUGAUCAUGAUCACGCUCGGGGCGCUGGCUCUUGCCACGGAGAAGCCAACGUGGGAUCAGCUAAUGGAGAGUCGGCCCGUGGGGAGGCAUGAGCCGUUGAUCAGCAAUGUGAUGUGGAGGAAUCUGAUGGCGCAGGCGGCGUACCAGAUUGUGGUGCUGCUGGUGCUGCAGUUUAAGGGGGAGGGUGUGCUUGGGGUGAGUGAGGGGGUGAAAAAUACCAUGAUAUUUAACACGUUUGUGUUGUGCCAGAUGUAUAAUGCGUUCAAUGCGAGGAAGCUUGAGAGGAAGAAUGUGUUUGAGGGAUUGCAUAAGAACAAGGUGUUUGUGGGGAUUGUUGGAGUAACUGUGCUUCUUCAAGUGUUGAUGGUGGAGUUGUUGAACAAGUUUGCUGAUACUGAAAGGCUGAGUUUGGAAGAGUGGGGAAUUUGUGCUGGGAUUGGAGCACUUUCUUGGCCUAUUGCUUGCCUUGUGAAGCUUAUAAUACCGCUUCCCGAUGGAACGGUUGGAGGCACGACCGACCCACUGCCUGCCCAUAAAACUCUACUACGUUUCAUAUGAUAAUGUAAAUUAUGGUAUCGCGCGUAGGUUCUUUGACAUGUCUUAUUUUGGUCGAACCGAGUUCGAUGUAUCGGUAUUGAACUCUCAUGAUUGAAUACAAUUAAAUUAUUCCCUUGGUGGA